AUGACAUUUUUCGCUAUCGCUGCUAUUGCAGGAAACAUCUUAGUCCUGCUAUCAAUCAAAAGGAAGAAGAGCUUACAAACUAUACGUAAUGUGUUUGUUGCUAAUCUAGCAGUAGCUGAUUUACUCUUUGCCAUUAUUGGUAUGUCAUUAGCAGCUGUAUCGAGUGUUACUGUUCGGUGGAUAUUUGGCUACGAAAUGUGCCAAAUACAAGGAUUUGCCAAUUCCUUCUUUUGUAUUGUAUCGCUAUUGACAUUAAGCGCAGUUAGUAUAGAUCGUUAUUAUGUUAUACUUCGUCCAUUGGAUUACCAUCGAAAAAUGAGCCCUAGAACUGUUACUUGUAUGGUUGUGUACAUAUGGCUACAUGCCUUUGUUUUUGCUGCUUUACCAUUUACUGGAUGGAGCACUUAUCGGUAUUACUAUGAAGAGUCAUUAUGUACGGCCGAUUGGGGCCAUAGCUUAAGCUAUACUUUAACAACAAUUGGAGCUGCUUUUUUUUUACCUUUAGCUAUUAUGGCUUAUUGUUAUUAUCAUAUAUUACGAGUUGCUCGGGCACAAUCGAAAAUAAUUGCCGCCGAAAUGGCUUCUUUAAAUCUUCCGGGAACACCAAGUGAGGACAAUAAUAAUAAUAGUAAUCAGGAACAUAAUCAGUCUAAUGGCAGUAAUUUUUACCAGUUGAUAUUAGAGAUAAAAGUCGUAUAA